ACAAUUUACAUAAAUAAUUAUCAUUGCUACGACCUUAGAGAAUGAACUUUUCACUUCAUCAUAAAUAGACGUCUUCUUCUGGUAAGGCAGAGAAGUAAAUCAUUUUCAAUAGUUGUUUUACGCGCAUCAUGAAGACGUUACAUUUAAUUGUCAUCGCACUGUGUGCCUUAUUAAAUGAAAGUUAUGCUCAAGCUCCGAAAAAGGUAUUCGCCCAUUAUAUGGUUGGUUUCGCUUUUCCUUCCGAUCAAAACUUCUUCGAUAGCCAAAUUAAGAGGGCGAAAUCUGCUGGCAUCGACGGAUUCGCUUUGAAUGUUGGCAACAACGACUGGCAGCCGGAUAGGGUUGCAAAAGCUCUUGCUGCUGCUCAAAAUAAUGGCAACUUUGUCAUAUUCAUAUCCUUCGACAUGGCAUCGCUUGCAUUUGACAGCAACGCCUUGACUCGUUUCCAUUUUGCUGCCAGGCAUCCGAAUUAUUUCCGUGUGAAUAAUCGACCGUUUUUCUCCACCUUCGCCGGGGAGAAUAACGACCAAUUUUGGAACAGCUGGAAAUCAAGCAGUGGACUGAAUCCAUACUUCUGUCCUAGUUGGCCCAAUUAUCCAACAGCCAAUUUAUUACAAUCACAUUCGGUGGCUGACUGUAUCUUUACUUGGAAUACAUGGCCGGCAUCCAACUCAGGUCCUGAUGCAUCGUUCGACAAUUCUGGUGACAAAAAUCUUCUUGCGAGUGCCAGAGCGACUGGUAAGACAUAUAUGGCACCAGUUGCUCCAUGGUUUUAUACGCACGUUUGGGGACAGGGAUGGUCUAAGCAUUGGAUUUUUAACUCUGAAUUGCUUCUGCCACAACGGUGGCAGCAGAUUGUUGAAUUGCAGCCCGAUUUCGUCGAGUUCGUGACUUGGAAUGAUUAUUCUGAAUCGAGUUAUAUUUGUACGAUAGGCAGUGAUCUCCCUGCAGAUAUGUCAGGAAUAACAGAUAUGAUCAAUAAUCCACAGCCCAUGAAGCAUGACGCUUGGUUAGAUUUAUCCAAACAUUACAUUCAGUGGUACAAGAAUAACGCCAGACCAGCUGUAACGACAGAACAGUUUUAUUGGUGGUAUCGCAUUCAUCCGAAAAAUAAUGUAAAUGGAGAGCCACCGCAGUAUCGUAAUGAUGCUAGAGAUUGUGUCGUCGUUCAUUCGAUUGUAAAGAAUGUGCGUCCCCAGGGAGGUGUGUACACAAUGAUAAUUGAUUUGAAUGGAACGAAAAGCAGGUACACCAUUACGAAGCUUGAGCAGACUGAGUGCAUUCCUUUCCCUGCCAGAGUUGGAUAUGUUACCAUAUCUUUGGAGGGUCCAGAUAAAAAAGUUUGGUGGGCUGAAGGCAAGAAUAUUCCGCAACAGAGCAGUGGCAACAAUUUUAACGCUUUUGUUAAUAGUCACAGUUUUCCGAGUCCUUAGGAUUUAAUUCAGUUCUUGUACCUACAACAAUAUGCUAUACUGAGACGUACUGGAUCUUGGAAAUAUCAAGUGGUUAAAUACAAUGUUAUCGGAAAGAUA